AUGGUAGCUGAGAACUCCUCUGUGGCGGAGUUCAUCCUCGCGGGCCUAACCGGCCACCCGGGGCUCCAGACCCCGCUCUUCUUCCUGUUUCUAGGUUUCUACGUGGUCACCGUGGCGGGGAACCUGGGCUUGAUCACCCUGAUUGGGCUGAACUCUCACCUGCACACCCCAAUGUAUUUUUUCCUCUAUAACUUGUCCUUCAUAGAUUUCUGCUAUUCCACUGUUAUCACUCCGAAAAUGCUGAUGGGUUUUGUCUCAAAGAAAAACAUCAUCUCCUACGCAGGGUGUAUGACUCAGCUCUUCUUCUUCGUUUUUUUUGUUGUCUCUGAGUGCUUUAUCCUGUCAGCGAUGGCAUAUGACCGCUAUGUCGCCAUCUGUCACCCACUGGUGUACACAACCACCAUGUCUCCGCCGGUCUGCUUACUUCUUCUGUUGGGUGUCUAUGGGAUGGGGUUCACUGGGGCCAUGGCCCACACAAUGUGCAUGGUCAGACUGACCUUCUGUGCCAACCGCCUGGUUGACCACUACAUGUGUGACAUCCUGCCCCUUCUUGAGCUCUCUUGCACCAGCACCCACGUGAAUGUGCUGGUAGUGUUCGUGGUUGUAGGCAUCAAUAUUGGUGUGCCCGCAGUGACCAUCUCCACUUCGUACGCCCUCAUCCUCUCCAGCGUCCUCCACAUUCGGUCCGCUGAGGGCCGGUUCAAAGCCUUCAGCACCUGUAGCUCCCACAUAAUUGCGGUUUCCCUUUUCUUUGGGUCAGGGAUAUUCAUGUACUUCAAGCCAUCUUCUGUUUCACCGAUGAGCCAGGGGAAAGUGUCUUCCUUGUUCUAUACCAUUGUGGUGCCCAUGCUGAACCCGUUCAUCUACAGCCUGAGGAACAAGGAUGUCAAAGCUGCUCUGAAGAAAACCUUGGGCAGAACGUCAUUCUCCCGAGAAAGGGAGAAUACUUAG